AGAUCAUAGACUGUACCGUUCCCAUGCGCAUGCUCCCAGAGCUUCCAGUCUCCAAGCUUGCUGCCGGAGCAAAACUUUGCAGUCCAAGGACUCAGACCCAACACACUGCUUUGCAAGGUGCUCGGUCCAUAGGCCAUAAUUGCACAGCCUGGGGAAAAUGAAAGAUGUCGUAGCUAUCUGGGAUGUCAUUUUAAGUGACGGAGUCCAUAAGAUUGAAUUUGAGCAUGGGACCACGUCGGGAAAACGAGUUGUAUAUGUGGAUGGGAAGGAAGAGAUAAGAAAAGAGUGGAUGUUCCAGUUAGUGGGCAAAGAAACCUUCUGUGUUGGAGCUGCAAAGACCAAAGCCACCAUACGUAUACUUUCUGGCAAAGGCUUUGUUUUUAAAUAUACUCUGGAAAUUGAGGGGAAAAGCUUCAGGAAAUUCAUGGAGAACAGAUCUAAAACUACCAACACCUGGCUAUUUCGCUUAGACGACAAGGACUUUAGAAUUGUUUUGGAAAAAAACACUAUGGAUGUAUGGUGUAAUGGUAAAAUAAUAGAGUCAGCGGGCGAGUUUGUAGAUGAUGGAACUGAAACACACUUCAGCGUUGGGGACCACGGCUGUUAUAUCAAAGCCGUCAGCAGCGGGAAGAGGAGAGAGGGGAUCAUCCAUAGGCUCGUUGUGGAUAAUAGGGAGAUCCCAGAGCUCACUCAGUGACGCCUGCUGAGUGAGUUCUGAGCUGAAGAGGUGACCUCAGGACUCGCUGAUGGCUGUGGUAAUUAAAUGUGCUUAAUGUGUGCUUCUCAGUA